UGUAGUGAGAGCACGGCAUUUGUCACUCGGCGUCUGAGCACCUUCAGUGACAGCACCAGGAACGGUCUCUACUGGUCCAAAUGGCACGCAUCCCACAUGUGGCAUCUUUCUUUCUCUUUCUGACUAAGCUCAGCUUCGGCCAAAGAGAAGUAACAGUUCAGAAAGGACCGCUCUUUAGAGCGGAAGGCUACCCCGUCAGCAUCGGCUGCAAUGUGACUGGCCACAAGGGGCCUUCUGAGCAGCAUUUUCAGUGGUCUGUGGAGCUAGCGACAGCCCCGACCCGAAAUGUCCAGAUCAUCAGCACGAAGGAUGCCACCUUCACUUACGCAGUGUAUGCACAGCGGGUACAAAACAAGGAAAUCGACAUCCAGAGGGUCCAGGGCAACUCCGUCUUCUUGCACAUCUCCAAGCUCCAGAUGACGGAUUCUGGCGAGUAUGAGUGUGACACACCAAACACUGAUGGAAAAUACUAUGGGAGUUACAGUGCAAAGACUACUCUAACCGUUAUUCCAGAUACCCUCUCUGCCACCAUGAGUUCCCAGACUCUCAGUAAGGAUGAAGGUGACCCAUUAGAACUUACCUGUGAAGUAGCCAAAGCCACAGCUCAACAUACCCACCUGUCUGUCACCUGGUACCUGAUGCAGGAUGGAGAAAGAAGUCCGGCCAUCGAGAUUAUUUCCCUCUCCAAAGACUUUAUGUUGAUCCCUGGGCUCGCGUACACAGAGAGGUUCGCAGCUGGUGACGUGCGGCUGGACAAGCUGGGGGCCACUGCCUUCAGGCUGUCCAUCAGGAGCCUGCAGCCCUCAGAUCGAGGCCAGCUGUUCUGUGAGGCCACGGAAUGGAUUCAGGAUCCAGAUGAAACCUGGACUUGCAUCGCGAAAAAGCAGACAGAUCAAACAACUCUGUGGAUCCAGCCGGCAGUGAGAGAUUUCCAAGUCAACAUCAUGGCGAAGAGCACAUUUACCGCAGGAAAACCCUUAGAACUGGUUUGCCAGGUAAUGGGCAGUGACCGGGACCAACAGCUUCAGGGUUUUUGGUUCUUCAAUGGUAGUGAAAUGGCUUUUAUUGAUGCUGGUGGAGUUCUGGUCCUGAAGAAAGACUACAAAGAGAGAGCAAGUCAAGGACAACUCCAGGUUUCAAAGUUAAGCCCCAAGACUUUCUCUCUCAAGAUCUUCGCUGCGGGCCCAGAGGACGAAGGAACCUACAGCUGUGCGGUGGCAGAGGUGGCAAGAGCUCAGAUGGGCUCCGGGCAUGUGCUUCAGAGAAAGCAGUCAGCAGACAGCUUUGUAAGCCUGAGGAAGCCAGCAGCAAGAAAUGUGGUCGUGUCCACCAUGGACAGGCAGCAAGCAGUGUGGGAAGGAGAGGCGCUGACCCUUGUCUGCCAGGUAGAUGGAGCAGAAAGUCUGCUGUCUGUGAACUGGUGGCACAUCCCACAGGACCAAAUACAGCCAGAGUUUGUGGUUGGCAUGGAGCAGGAUGGCACCGUGCAGCUGGGUGCUUCCUACAGGAAACCCCAGAAUCACGCCAACGUAAGGCUGGAGAAAAGGGACUGGGGCACCUUCCAGCUGGAGAUCAUGCCCACUGCUGUCACAGACAGUGGCACAUAUGAGUGCAGAGUGUCUGAGAAGACCCAGAAGCCGGCCAGAGAGCUGAGCUGGGCUCAGAAGUUGUCCAUCACUGUGAAAUCGCUACAGUCAAGUUUACAAGUUAGUCUGAUGAGCCGUCAACCACAAGUGACAUUAACCAACCCCUUUGACCUGUCCUGCCUCGUGAUGGCUGGUUACUCUGACCUCAAGGUACUACUCACCGUGACGUGGCAGUUCCAGCUAGCUGGGUCUCAAGUCUUUCAACGACUUAUUCGAAUCACCCACAAUGGCACUAUCGAAUGGGGGGCUGUUCCAACCCAGUUCCAAAAGAAGACGAAGGUGUCACAGUCUCCAUUUCGUUCUCAACUCCUAAUCCACGAUGCCACUGAGGAGGAGGCGGGAGUGUAUCGGUGUGAAGUGGAAGUUUAUGACAGAAAUUCCCUACACACAAGUGGCUCUGCGAGGGCUUCUGCCAUCUCUCACCCACUGAGGAUAGCUGUCACUUUACCAGAGAGCAAGCUGAAAGUGAAUUCAAACAGUCAAGUCCAAGAGGUCUCCAUCAACUCCAACACUGACGUAGAAUGUAGCAUCUUGUCCCGGUCCACCGGAAACCUUCAGCUGGCCGUUAUUUGGUACUUCUCUUCCAUUUCCACCAAUAAUGCAUCUUGGCUGAGGAUUCUGGAAAUGGACCAAACCAAUGUUGUAAAAUUUCACACCCCACGGGGAAAGCAAAAAUUCUACAUCGAGAAACUUUCCCAAGACUUGUUUCAGCUGCGCAUUCUGAAUAUAGGAGACAGUGAUCAGGGCAGAUAUCGCUGCUCUGUGCAGGAAUGGCUCUUGUCUACAAACGGCACUUGGUACCAGCUUGGAGAAGAGACAUCAGGUCUGACAGAAUUGAAACUCAGGCCCACAGGAAGUAAGGUACGUGUCUCCAAAGCGUACUGGGCGGAAAAUGCUACCGAGCAUAGAGAAGUGGUCAUUCCCUGCAGCCUGGAGAGCUCCGGCAAUUCGGCCUCCCUGUUCUCUGUGAUGUGGUUCCGGCACAGAGAAAAUUCUAGAAGUGAAAUGCUGGUGCACCUGCAGCAUGAUGGCUUGCUGGUGUAUGGUGAAGACGGUCUCCAGAGGCACCUGUACUGUUACCGCUCGUCCCCUACAGAUUUUGUACUGAAGCUUCACCGGGUGGAGAUGGGAGAUGCUGGAAUGUACUGGUGCAGGGUGACAGAGUGGCAGCUCCAUGGCACCCCAAGCAACUUGGUCAACCAAUCGUCAGAUGUGUCACAGCAUAUAGUGCUCACGGUGCUGCCUUCAGAGCCCACGUUUCUUUCCAGGAUCUGCUCAUCAGCCCCUUUAUUCACUUUCAUAUUCAUCUGCCUCUUCGUUCUGUUCAUUCUUCUGCUCAUUUCCCUCCUCUGCUUAUACUGGAAGGCCAGGAAGUUGUCGACACUGAGCCGAAAUGUCCAGAAAGAUAAGGCUCUCUGGAUGGACUUGAAAGGGCCAAGAGACAUACUCACAGACAGAAGUGAAGAGGAAAAUGAUCACUGAACCCGAGAGGCACCUGCGAUCCUGUGGGCAAAGGGGGAAUUUGGACUCGGACAGCCCGGGAUGUGAGGUGGCUGAGCCCUGGUUCUGCCCUUCUCUGUGCUUGUGGCCCUGGGUGAGUCACCUCGGAAUCAGAGGGCACCUUUACGAAGAGCGGAUGCGGAGCCAGGCACUGUUCCGUGUGUCUUUGUGUGUGACCUCAUCUACCCCUUACAGCCUUCCCAGGAGCGAGAUGGCAUCAUUACCCUGUUUUACGUUCAUCACACCUCCUGGAGGUUCAGGUUCCCCAUCUGUGAGGAGAGAAGUGCCCCCCUCACACAGCCUCUGGGGAUUAAAUAAGAAAGUGGAUCCUCAAAGGAAACAUGUGCCCCUACCACCAACUGGGGGAGGGGGACGCUUCCCUCUGCUCCCCUCCUUUUUUACCUCACUGAUUCCCUGGAAAACACCCAGCAUCCAUUCACGCUGGCUCUAGGUAAUCUUUUGCCUCCAGAUAAGAGGUGUAAGAAAGGGUCUGAUGUCUAUAAGGUGAAAGGAAUUGGGAAUAUGCCCUUCGGUCCAUCACAUCUGCCUCUCCCCCAAAAAUGUGACAACGUCCAAGACAGAAAUCCAGUUUUUUUCCUCUAUCCCAUCUAUAAAUGCCACUCAAGAGCAAGCUCUACAUAGUAGGUCCUUAGUCAAUAUUGGUUGUUGGAUGAAACGAUAAAGCAUUUCGUACCCUGAGUUUCUUUCUUUCUUUUGCUUUUGUCUGUAAGACUUACUAAGUCAUUGCUAACGAAAAACUUUUUUUUUUUUUUUUUUAAUUUCGCAACAGUGCUCCAGGCAGCCCUACCCAAGGCCUCAUAUUCUGCCUUCCUCCAGACACCAAAAGGGCCAUCUGGCUCCUGGCUCUUAGCCAAAGCUUUAUUCUCUUUGACCUGACAACACUAGGUGCUAGGAAAGGGUGUUGUGGCAGUUAUUUGGGGGAGGAGGGGUCAACAGUGCCACCAUCCCCUCCCACUCCAGCAGGGACUAAGAGUUCAGGGCAGCAGUGAGUCAAGCCUGGGUCCUCAGUAUCCCCUAUUCUCAGCCAGGAAAAGUCCUGGGGGUGGGGGAUGGGUAAUGUCAUGGCUUAAGGAUUUUAACAACUGUCCCCUAGGAGAUCACAACUCUCCCCUCUGGCCUGAGGUCCCCUCCCCUUUGUUUCAAAAGCUGCUCAGGCUCUGUUGUAGGCAGUAAUGAAAAUCAAUCAGUGUCCCCUAACAGACGUGAGAAAACACAUCUAUUUAUUAUCUAUAUGACCAAAAGCAUUGCUUUAACGCUUGGUAAUUUGCAUUUCCACGGAGAGCAAUUUAUUUUUAAUUAUUUUAUCAGGCACACACAUCCUCUCCAAACGUAAUUAGUUCCUUUGCAAGGGGAUUAUUGGUGGCUAUGAGAACUCCCACCGUAGAUUUACCAGUUCCUUCAAUCCGUCUCCUUUAUGGCCUCAUUUGAAAUAUUCCAAACGGUUCCUUAAACAUGGCAACACGUUAGUUUCUUCUCUCUCAGGAAAGGGAGUACGUUUUUCAGAAACCAAAGCUACAGUUACGACUUCUUAGAAAGUAUGAUUACCCCCUCCUACUCCCCACCUGUUUUUCCAGAAACCUGCAUUUUAAUUGGGAUAUUGAGGGAAAGAGAGCUGAACGGAGCCAGCGAGAGAAUCAGAGUAGAUUGUGGUGCUGCACCCUUGCCCUCUUCACCUGGGUAGCGCCUUCAACUCUUAGCUCAACCACCACUUUUCCGUGUUUAAAUCCAGCACAGAGCUGCACAGACCAGACACUCAAAUUUCCAGCUGUUUCCCCAGAGCAGACCCUGGGAGCAGCCCGUGUGGGCUCAAGGAUAGUGUGGGGUCCAGUGAUGACUCAAACAGACAAGCAGACAUGGCCCACUACCCUGGAGUUAUCACCUUGUUUGUUGUGGAUCCUUUCAAUGGGACCUAGAGCUCCUUAGAUUUUCGAAGGAGCCACACUACACUUCUUUGGCCUGUAGUGAGUGUUCAGGCGACUAAAGCCCCACUGUCUUCUUUUUUCUUUUUUGAACUUCUAGAACAAAAUUUGUUUUCACCCAACUCAGUACACGAAACCUCUUCUGGCUCCAAUUAUGUCCUUGUUCAUUUUCGUUUUUAAAACUUCAUGGAGAACUUCACUUUGACUUGUUGAUUUCCACUUAUCCAUUCUGUGUCACCACCUGGUUUUCCCUUGAGCUUCUUAUGUUAUAAAUCCUGCUUGGUGACAGGACAAACCUUUGUCUCAGGAGUUGGCU